AUGUCUUUAUUUUUUUCUCCAGCUUUUGAUGUCACUGAGUGCAACGGCUUGACUUCAUUUCUCUGUAAAAAUGACAGAUGUAUCAGUAAUAACAAAGAGUGUGAUAGUGUAGACGAUUGUGGAGACGGUUCUGACGAGGAAGAGUGUGAUGAAGAUGAUGUCCUCGUCUUUGCCUACAGACGGUCUCUAAAUAUGAUGUCACUAUCCAACCUUACUACGCAUGUUAUCCCCUUACAAGGCGUUAAAAACGCCAUUGCUGUGGACUUUGAUCCUGUAGAGAAACAGAUAUACUGGUCAGAUGUUACACUAAAUACAAUCAACAGAGCUUUCUUGGAUGGUUCAGGCCAACAAACCGUGCUUGAUGGGAUCCCACAAGCAAGUGGAAUAGCGCUGGAUACGAUGAAUCGUAAACUGUAUUGGACAGAUGCUGAAAAUGACACAAUUGAAAUGUCAGAUUUAGAUGGCGGACAAAGGAAGGCGAUUGUCACAGAUGGUUUAAAGGAGCCGAGGGACAUAGCAGUAGACUCAAAGAACAAAAAACUUUAUUGGUCUGACUGGGGAACUGCCAGGAUAGAGAGAGCAAACGUGGAUGGCUCAGAAAGAGUUGUUAUUGUGAACACUUCUAUUGGUUGGCCGAACGGAAUAGCACUUGAUCCAGAUAAUGGUAUAAUAUACUGGGGAGAUGCAAAGCUGAAGCAUAUUGAGAUGGCCAAUACGGAUGGAUCUAAUCGAAGCAUUGUCUUGAGCAACGAUGUAAAACACGUUUAUGGACUUUGUCUUUUUGGUUAUUGA